UUCAUUUCUUACCUAUCUAUUUAACAAUAUAAGCGAGAAUUUUUGAGUUCAUAAGUUUAUUUAUGGUUUGAUCGUAAAGCAGUUUUUAUGAGUUAAGUUUCCAUUAUUUAGUUAGGUAAUUAAUAACUAUUGAGAGUAAAUAUGAUGAAGUUUUUAAUAUUAUGUUUGGCCAUAUUCAACGUGUCUGCAUGUAAGUUCAAUGUUGAACAAGCUAUGAAAAAACAAUUAAUCGUACCGGACGUCAUUCCUGUUGCUCCAAAGGAAAUGUUACAAGUAUAUUAUCCAAGUGGCUUGAAAGCAGAACUUGGUAAUGAGCUAACACCCACUCAGGUGAAAGACCAGCCAUUAGUUAAAUGGAAUGCUGAACCUUAUUCAUUUUAUACAUUAUGUUUGACUGACCCAGAUGCUGGACCUAAAUUAAAGGAAUUUCAUCAUUGGUUGAUAGGAAACAUACCAGGAGGAGAUGUGAACAUGGGGGAAACAUUAACUGCAUAUGUUGGUUCUGCAACUCCUCCAAAAACAGGACUUCAUCGCUAUGUGUUAUUAGUGUAUAAGCAACCAUCAAAAUUGGUAUUUGAUGAGCCACAUAUUAGCAAUAGAACUGCCAAAAAUCGUUUUAAGUUUUCAAUUCAUGCAUUUUCAAAGAAAUACAAAUUAGGAACACCUGUUGCUGGUAAUUUCUAUCUGGCACAAUAUGAUGAAUAUGUUCCAAUUUUACUUCACCAACUCGGAGUUCAGUAAUUGAUUAUUAACAUUGAAAAUGAAAUUGAGAAUAUCUUAGUGGCUUAGUAUGUUAAUUCCAUUAAAUUUUAUAUACCUGUAUAUAUUUUUAAGUCUUAAAAGAAUAAAUAAAAUAUGAUUUUA